AUGUAUUUUAAAGAAGAAUUAGGAGUGGAUGCAUAUGCACCCAAUUGUGAAAYKCUUUCUGAAAACUUGCUAUUUGCAAUGUAYCAUCAUUCUACGCUUACCAGAAUCCAGGAAAGAACAUUAGAUUCCUUUCAUGAUAAGAAUGGCAAGUGUAGGCUUAUUUUUGCCACUAAUGCUCUUGGAAUGGGAGUAAAUUUCCAAGACAUAAGAUUGAUUGUUCACUGUGGUCCACCGCGAGAAAUGGAGGAACUUGUCCAGCAGAUUGGCCGUGCGGGAAGGGAUGGGAAGCCUGCCCAUGCGUUGAUUAUGUACAAUGGUCGUCAUCUUAAGAAUUGUGACCAGUCGGUAAAAGAUAUGUGCAAAGCAACUUCAGGCUGUCUAAGGAAGCGAAUGUUGGCUGAUUUUGRAGUGGAAGACCUACAAAGUCAGGAGAAGCACAAUUGCUGCAUAAACUGUCAUAAAGAAUGUUUGUGCAGUGAWGAUAAAUGCCCMAUUCCCUUCCCUGAAAUCUCCAGAACAAAAACUACAAUAAAAGAAAACCUUAACACAAGAAAGAUCAACUAUCUUGGUGUGGAUGUCACUGCCCUAUUUUCUGAAAGUUUGAUAUAA